AUGGAUCUGCCUUCCUUCAAGGAUGAGUUGAUAAAAGAUAUCGCCAAGAGUCAUAAAGAGCCAGGAGCGUCUGAGCUUCAAUCGAGUGUUUUAAUGAGAUGCAUGAAGUUUCUUCAGCUGGAGUAUACGGAAAAUGAGCUCAAUCUCUUUGCCAACACCACUCUCCAACCGAUUGCAGGCCAUGCGUUGAUCAUGUUCUCUUUUCCAGGGAAGACGAAUCCGAUAGUCGAGGAGAGAUUGGCACGUAGCAUAAGUUCUAGCAAGGAAAAUGCUCGUGGUUUUUAUAAGUGCCUAUCAGAGUUGAGGUUUCGCUUUGUCGUGUUACGUCAUAUUCCGGUUGCCCAAGUCAACCAGUUCAUCAGCAUAAUUAACAAAUGGAUAGCAUCUCGUCUUCACAAGAAACUUGCAGGCGGUUUUGAUGAAAUGCUGGCUUACGAAUGUCUCCAGAACCCUACGCUUCUACGCGACGAUGAUGCAUUGGCGGGAGCUACUGCUUCUUACUACCAGAACAACAACACCUCUUCGUUCGAAGAAUUGGUACCUGGAGCAAUCACAUUCUUUGUCAAUGACGAUGACACCAAGCUGCAAGUAGGUAAGCGGAUCUUGCUUGCCGCAAGUCAAACUCAAGUAGAUCCACAGGUCAUUGACGAAUUCCACCAUCAACUAUACCGUGUCCAGGAUCUGAAGCAUUUUACACCAGAAUUUGCUAAGCGUUUCUGGAGCAUGUGUGUUCAAUGUUUCCUGAUACUAGGCACCGAAGAGAUCCAGAAGAUGGCCAAACCAAAUGAUCUUGAAGAACUGAGUCAAUUCACUCAGAUAAGGCUUUAUCCAUUAGCCCGUGUUCUUUUGAACAAUAUCCUCGCACAAAUGGAGAACACUUUUGCCGAUCUUCUUCAUGUCUUCUCCAUUCUUUUAGGCUCCUUCAAGCGAGAUUUCUGGAACCUUGCGGAGGGAUUGUACUACAGAAACUUCACAGAUACAAUCCUACAAGCUCCCCUUUAUACUAGGCUUCUUCAUAAAACGAAGCAACUGAAUGACACCGCAGCUUUACACGUUCUUACCUUGUGGACAUCUGCUUUUCUUGAGUCAUUGACAGGUUCCCAGAAGCAGGCUGCGGCCGUCACUCUUUGUGACUACUUCAUUUCGCAGAACAUUGAUUGUGUGGAUGCUCCAAAGCUACUCUUAUCAGCAUUCGACAAUGAAGCUUUGUCUUCCUGUCGCGAAGAGCCUCUGGCUUUCUUAAGAUUAAGUGACGCUCGUAAACUUGUUUCAAAGCACGCGAAAGGUAUUGUCACAUCUAUGAGAUCUGGCUCGGCCGAUAACUCUGCAAGUGCGAUAGGGCUAAUUAAAGUAUCUCUCAGCUAUGAUGUUAUGUUUGCAGCACACAACUCGUUACAACUACAGAAAAAAGAAAUCCCUACUUUAUUGGAUACGAACUCAUCAUUAUGGGAGGCAUUGCUCGACACUCCGUUGCAGCUGGAUGUUGUGUUGAGCUCAUUGUUACAGUCUCUUAAUGAUGUCGUUUCCGUGAUUGUCUUUAAGCCAAGGAAGAAUGAGAAGCUAGACAAGGACCUCGAAUCAGCCGUCAACAUGCAUAAUAGAGACACAAGAAAGCUCUCGACAAACAUUUCGGCGCUUCUUGAAAAAAUAGCACUCGCAGAACCAGAUGUGAUGUUAAAGGUUUUGUCCACGGCCUCUUGCCUGAUGGCAAUGUGGAAUUGCAUAUUCUCACCAGAGACUAAUCAGUCUGCUUUGAACAUUUUGUAUCAGGUCUUCGAUGCUGAAGGUCGUUAUGAAGCUAUUUGUGGUUUACUCAACUUAUCUUUGGAAACUAAUUUGGCUGCCAUAGUCGAUUCCUUUUCCACGAUCACAAGAAUGAGAGCAUUCGAACCUUGUCCUAAAGCUGUCAGAAUUUUGAUGGACGUCACUAAAGCCCUUGCCGAUCCUCUUACGGGUAUCUUAACCACAAAUCCUGCCAAAGCUGAAGGCUGUGGAGUUAUGGUUCAACAACUUUGGACGAGCAGUUGGCUGCUUCUUGUCAUGAUUUUCCAACUAACACUCGUGUGGGCUACUAUGUAUCAUCUCAGUGAUUUAAUCGAAUUCACGCGUGAUGUGUUAGAUGUGAGCCACUCUCUUUUGGAUGCGUUCAGGCCGAUCUUAGAUUUCCUUGAUGAUCCAGAAGUAAAAGGGCCUCUUUUCGGUAAAUUCUUGAAGGCUUUCAAUCAUGUCAUUGUCUGGCUUCGACUUGGUGAUAUGUCCCUCUUGAACUCCUGUGUGAACCUAGUCUUCAAAGGGUUUGAUCUUGCUAAGGAGAUGGGUGUUUCGGUUGACAAGGAUUUCCUCACUACCUUUGUCAAAUAUGGAGCAAAAGCCAAAAAGUUCAACAAUAAGCUUACCGAGCAGCAGCGUGAAGACGUGCUCGCUAAGGCUAGUGAGUUUGACAAGGAGUUGGUUCAGGCAGUAGUGGAAGAGGCACGCCUUCAACGUGCUGCUAGCAGAGAGCCAAUCCCUGCUCGUACUAAGCCAGUGGAGAAGGGUGCUACUUAUGCUUAUCAGUCUCCUAAGCCGAAGCAAAGCAAGCAACUGUUAUUGACAAGAUUUGGUGUCGUAUCCAAUGAGCCUCCUGUGGCGCCUGCCCCACCUAAGCCGUUCAAGUCUAACAAUUUAGAGGCGAUAAGGAAUGAGCUAAAGAAUAACAGAACACCGCAAAAGCCUUCAGUGGCGCCUGCUGCACCUAGGCCAGCUGGCUUUAACUCUAAGCGAGCUCCUGUUGUUGGUCGCUCUUUGAACACGCUCAGGCAAAAAGGUGCCGACUCUGACUCUUCAGAGGAAGAAGACGAUGACAUUGAUACAUCAGAUUUAUUCUUGGAAACGAAAAAGAAGUCUAAGAUUACAGAAUUGGAUAUGCAUGGCAACCCAGUGACCAAGAUUGCUCAACAAAAGAAGGCCAACCAAGAACGCAGAGAAGAGGAGCGCAUGAGAAUGCGUCUUCACGUCAACCUCAAACCUCUCUAUUCGACCAUCUUGAAGUGGAACUACAAUUCAGACAGCGCUUAUCCUAGUGAAGAACGUGACAUCUACCAACCAAUUAAGGACUCAUAUUCUGAUGUCAAGGAAUACGUUAAACUCACUGAGCCAUUAUUGAUGCUCGAAUGUUGGCAGGGUAUCCAGUCAUCAAGAACUACAGGGCAGGAAGUACCUGUGCAACUUCUUGUUGGUAGUCGUACCACCUGUGAUGGUUUCUUCGAUGUAUACGCAUCAAUUAAAAAAGCAGAUCUUGCCACUAGAAAAAUUGGAGAGACAGACCUUAUGGUAUUGGGAUAUGUCGCAGACAAACAGCUUGAGAAUGCGUCAGAUGUUUCCUCCUACUUGAAGCAGCCAGGAACACAAACCUGUUUGGCAAAGGUCAGGAAUAUCAAGCAUGCUAACUCUGACUACUGUGACAUAACUCUCAGAGUUUUCCCACAAGGAUCGAUGAUGGGCCUUCUCACGCCAAAGACUGUGAUUGUCGGUAUGAAAGUGAUGCAAAUGAUAACUGUUGAGAGAGAAUUUACGUCCCUUAAGGGUUUACCAUAUUAUGAUCUCUGUGACGAAAUUCUUAGUGGUGAACCUUCAAAGCCUGUUCCAGUAUCUGAUGAGGAAGCUAAACUAAUGGUGAAGCAGAAUAAUGUUAACAUUUCUCAAGCCAAGGCGAUUAUAGCUUCAGCUAAGACUGAGGGUUUCUCCCUUAUCCAAGGUCCACCUGGUACUGGUAAGACAAAGACCAUUUUGGGUAUUGUUGGCCACUUCUUGUCGACAAAUAAGCCUGAAAACACAAUCAAGAUUCCCACGCCGUCAGCGGCUAGUUCUAGAAGUGCUACUCCUGAAGAAACUCUGAAGGGACCCAAGGUUUUGAUCUGUGCUCCGAGUAAUGCAGCUGUGGAUGAAUUAGUUGUACGUAUAAGGGACGGCGUGAUGAAUUCGAAAGGUGUAUCAUUCAAUCCAAAGAUUGUUCGUCUUGGUCGAAGCGAUGCUAUUAACCAAGCAGUCAGAGAUCUUAGUCUUGAAGAGCUCAUUGAUCGUCAGUUAAACGUCAGAGCCACCGAAGCUCAGAUUGAUCCAUCUAUCAGAAGUGAGCAUACAAAGUGUAUUGCUGAGAGAGACAAGAUCCGUGAGGAGCUCAAGAGAGGUGACUUGAAGGAUGACAAAAUAAUUGAACUUGAAACAAAGCUUCGAGAAAUCAACAAGAAAAGAUCAGAACUCGGAAAGCGGUUAGAUGAUCAGAGAGAAAAUGCAUCUAUUGCUUACAGAACAAGAGAAAUCGAAAGACGCCAACUUCAAGCCAAAAUUCUAUCAGAGGCACAGAUUAUUUGCUCUACAUUGUCCGGUUCCGCGCAUGAGUUCUUAUCAAGCAUGUCUAUGAAGUUUGAUCAAGUUAUUAUUGAUGAAGCAUGUCAGUGUGUUGAGCUUUCGGCUAUUAUUCCAUUGAGGUACGGUUGCAAGAAGUGUAUCAUGGUCGGAGACCCCAACCAGCUUCCACCCACUGUUCUUUCUCAAAAGGCUGCAUCUUUCAAAUACGAGGAAAGUUUGUUUGUCAGGAUGCAAAGGCGCCAUCCAAAUUCCGUCUAUCUUUUGGAUGUUCAAUAUCGUAUGCAUCCCGAUAUAUCCAAGUUUCCGAGUGCUCAAUUCUACAACUCGAGGCUCACGGAUGGCCCAGGAAUGCUUGAAAGAAAUACUCGUCCUUGGCACAAAGACUAUCCUUUUACGCCAUAUCGUUUCUUUGACAUUGUCAGUAGACAUCUGCAAAGCGACAAAACCAAAUCGUUCUUUAAUUAUUCUGAAGCCCAGGUUGCUCUUGAAUUAGUUCAGAAAUUGAUGGACAUACUACCCACAAAUCAAUUCAAGGGCCGAAUCGGUAUCAUUUCCCCUUACAAGGAGCAAAUCAGAACUUUGAAGGAUGUCUUCCAGAGAAAGUAUGGAAGCACAAUUUUGGCAGAGAUUGACUUCAACACCGUCGACGGUUUCCAAGGUCAGGAGAAGGAGAUUAUCAUCAUGUCAUGUGUUCGAGCCAGUGAAACGGGUAGUGUUGGAUUUUUAAGUGAUAUCAGGCGUAUGAAUGUUGCGCUUACUCGUGCUCGUACCACCCUUUGGAUUCUAGGAAAUAAGUCAUCCUUGAGAAGGGAUAAAGUUUGGUCUAAACUUAUCAAAGACGCUGAGGCCAGACAAUGUAUGACGCCAGCAGAACCUGGCUUUUUAAAGAGGAUCUCAUCAACUCCUAUUCAGAACGUUAACUCAAAGGCUUCGCUGGGCAAUGGCCAUAAGGGUCAAGGGAUUGCCGAACCACCAAGUACGUCAAGACCAGCCGAAGUUUCUAAUGGUCAGAACGAUAAUCAAGUAAGGAAAGGGCUGACAGAAAAUAAACCGAAAUCUGUUGAACAAUCCUCGGAUGAAUCUAGAAGAAAGAGAGCAUCAUCUAUGUUUGGCAGUGGCUCGGCCGAACAAAAUCCAUCCUUACCAAAGAAGCCGAAAGUGCAUAAAUCAGGAGUUUACAUUCACCAAAGUCUGAAAAGCCCCAAGGCACCAGAGGCUCCUAUUUCAGAAGCAAAUGACGACGAAGGCAACCCCUACUAG